AUGGACGGCCUCAAACCCGCUAUAUCUUCCAUGUCACUAGGUCGCGCCUGGAUCCAUUCCAUGCCCAUCAAACUCUCCGCCGCAUCCAACCACCACAUCCUCGGUCUCGAGAUAUUCUACGAAGAUCUCGAAUAUCUCGCACGGACCGAAUCAAACACCGAGACACCCUCUCCAGAAGCUCUUCUCCAUGCUGCAUCCACCAUAAAAGCGCUAUGUGACGAGCGAAACAUUACUAUCAUCGGACUGCAACCAUUUUCCUUCUACGAGGGCUUGAAAGAUAGAAACGAGCAUAGAGAGAAGAUUGAAAAAAUAAAACUUUGGUUCAAAAUUGUGAAGAUCUUAGGAACGGAUCUCGUCCAGAUCCCCGCGAACUUUUUACCCCGAGAAAAAUUGACGGAUGAUAUGGAUAUCAUUAUUUCGGAUCUGCAAGAAGUGGCCGACAUGGGUGCGAAAGAGGAACCAGCUGUGCGCUUCGCCUACGAGAAUUUAUGCUGGAGUACAUUUUUCGACACGUGGGAAUCGGGAUGGGAUCUCGUGACGAGAGUUGAUCGAGAAAAUUUCGGGUUGGUUUUAGAUACGUUUAAUAUUGCUGGGAGAGUAUAUGGUGAUCCAUCUUCUAGUGACGGAAAAACUGAAAAUGCAGAGAAAGCGUUGAAUGAAAGUUUGGAGAGAUUGGCAAAGACUAUUGACGUGAAGAAAGUUUACUAUAUCCAAGUUGUUGAUGCGGAGAAAAUGCAAGAGCCGUUAGUAAAGGGGCAUGCAUUUUGGGAUGAUGAACAACCUGCGCGAAUGAGUUGGAGUAGGAAUGCGAGGUUGUUUGCUGCGGAGAGUGAAAGGGGGGCGUAUCUACCGAUUGAAAAGGUUACGAGAAUUAUUGUGGAGUGUUUGGGUUAUCAAGGAUGGGUUAGUAUGGAAUUGUUCAAUAGGUCGAUGGCUGAAGAAGGAGAUAGUGUCCCAGAUGAACAUGCUAAGAGAGCGGAGGAUUCUUGGAAGGCAAUCAAGAGCUGGAUCAAGUGGCCGAAACUUGGUGAGUGA